ACGAAAAAAUUAAGUUCUACGAGUGGUGUGAUUUGGGUUUUUGCGCCAUAGAUAGUUUCAAUCAUUCAGGUAAUACAAUGUCGAUCGAUAUAAGGUUAUCGAAUGAAAAACUACAGCACGAGAGCACUGAUUUUUCGGCCGAAAGACCCCUUCAUUUAGUAAUUCCUGGCGAUAUUAUAACCAGAGAAGCCGGCUACAUGCGUGGUCAUGGAACUUACAUGGAAAAUGACGUUUUAUAUGCCUCAGUAGCUGGUUGUGUGGAGAAGGUAAACAAGCUAAUUUGUGUUAAGCCAUUGAAAUCCAGAUACACGGGCGAAGUCGGUGACGUCGUUAUUGGUCGAAUAAUUGAAGUAGGCCAAAAACGCUGGCGUGUCGAAACUCACUCAAAGUUAGAUUCUGUUCUGCAUUUGUCAUCAGUCAAUUUACCUGGAGGUGAACUGCGUAAAAGGUCUGAAGAAGAUGAGAGAAUGAUGAGAAACUAUUUACAAGAAGGAGAUUUGAUAAGUGCUGAAGUUCAAUCUGUUUAUGCUGAUGGAAGCCUUAGUCUUCAUACAAGAAGUUUAAAAUAUGGAAAAUUAGGACAAGGUAGUCUUCUUCAAGUUCCUGCUUCUCUUGUCAGACGUAGAAAAAAUCAUUUUCAUAAUUUACCUUGCGGUGCUAGUGUUAUUAUUGGAAAUAAUGGAUAUAUAUGGAUCUGUCCAACCAUAAAUGAGCAGUCUGACAAAACAGGAGGUUUCGUGACUAAUUAUGAACGAGUAAAUUCUUCUACUAGAGAAGUUAUAGCAAGACUGAUGAAUUGUGCAACAGCCUUAGCUGAAAAUAUGGUUGUGAUAUAUGAUACGACGCUGUUGUGCGCUCACGAAUUUUCCUUAAAAUAUGAAGUUAAAGAACUUAUUAAACCUGAUAUAGCGAAAGAGAUAGCACUGCUAACCAAGCAAAAAAUUCAUAAUAACGAUUAUUAA